AUUCCAUCUGAGAYAAGUUCCCUGCGGAAGGUURACGUAACUAUUUCGUGAUAGAAACCAAUUUAAACUCCURACGCCAAUCAAAAUGAAAACYCUGAUGAAGCCAUUGCCGCGAUUAGGACUCGGAAUGGCUGCCCUGGGCAGACCGGGAUACAUCAAUCUGGAUCGAGAUUCGGUAUUCGGCGCAUCCGAUUCCCGAUCUAUCGAAGACAUGCAGAACCAAGCCAAUAUCGUUUUGGAUUGCAUGUUCGAGCAGAGCAGAAGCAAACAAAAUCAGCCGUGGGUUGACUGUGCGAGAUCCUAUGGAUUGAGCGAGAAAUUUGUAGGGGAAUAUCUUCGAAAAAAAAACAUACAGCCCGGCGACRUGUACGUCAGUAGCAAAUGGGGUUACUGUGAGUGCAAAUUUAUGUAGAGUAGACACGAUGAGUGGUGUAGACUUCUCUCGAAUCUUUCAAUUUUUUAUCGUAAUUGAUUUUGGAACGCUGCUAUCCUAACGAGUCAUGAUGGAUUUGCAUGGUUUAAUUGAUUCAUUGGAUUUCGUUUCUACUUCUGGUACUCGAUCAAAUUCCCACAGCGUAUGUUGCGAAYUGGAAAGUUAAGCUUGAAGCUGGAAAGCCACACGAAGUCAAAGAUCAUUCGGUAGAGGUAGGUUGUGUUGCAGUCUUUUAUCUCUCUGAUAGAGUGAUUGYAAAACGACAACGCCGCAUUCUCACAUUUUCAGAUGUCCCCUUCACUGUCAAAAUGAACGAAUCUAUCUAUCUCCCUUGCAUGUCGUACCAAAAACAAACGCUGUGAAUACUUAGAAUUUUUUGAAGCAAUUUGACGAAUCUAUGAACAUUCUCGGGGAUUACAUGAACUUGUAUCAAAUCCAUUCGGCAACCUUUGAAUCUGGAGUCCUGGAGAACGAGGACGUCCACAAAGCCUUGAACAAAGCCAAGCAAGAAAACGGAAUUKCUAUUGGCUUAUCGGUAUCGUCUCCAAAACAAGACGAAGUUAUCCAAAAAGCWAUGGACAUUUCAGUCGACGGUGAGAAACUCUUUGACUCGGUACAGUGCACUUACAACGUCCUCGAACAGCGUCCGGCCCCGUGCCUCAUGAAAGCGCACGAAGCAGGAAUGGAUAUUAUCAUCAAAGAAGGCAUGGCAAACGGCCGAGUUUUGCGAAACCCGGUCAUUCAGGAAUAUUCGAAGAAACUCUCUUGCUCUCCCGAUCAACUGGCUCUGGCAUGUAUUUUGGCGCAACCAUUUCAACCCCGGGUUCUCUCYGGAGCUGUCACCCCCGAGCAACUGGAGUCGAACUUGGAAGCGGAAACUAUCGCAGAACGGUUACGGCAAGAUUCGGUUSUCUUGGCAGAAAUAAUGGAAAAAGCACGGAUGGACAGUGAGGAAUACUGGUCGGAUCGGUCCGCUCUGGCUUGGAAUUGAGUGCCAUGACCAAGCUACGAAAGAAUCAACACGUUAUGAGAAC